AGAUCUCCUUGCUAGAGCCCUGGCCGGAGUCAUUAUGUGCUUUGAUGUGGGCAAGGAACAUACACUGUACUCUCACAUGUACGGCAGGUUUGAAAAUGUCAUGAUAUUGGGAGCGCCUGCAAGCGUUCAGUUCACUCCCAGUUUCCUGAGGUGUAUGAUACAGGCUGCACAAGGUUGUUUCAUAGCAGGCAACAUUGUGGUGGCGGCUAAGGCCAGCAAUCUGUUCAUUCAUUGCAUGGCCAUCUGUGACAUGGUGCCUUCGAUCAACCAAGCGUCUCCAUUGCAGGUUCUGGCCUUAUUGUCGGCCGUCUUGUCAGCCCCAGGUAUGUGGCCACCCAAUAUCACAAAUCUGAUAGCUACCUGUCAGAUUGUUUGAUGAAAGGCAUGCUGGAAUUUAGAUUGAAUUUUCUGACUUUCUAGGCAGUGGAGUCUUACAUGCUGGAGACAUUCAGUGCAAUGGUCAAAUGCAGCUGGGCCUGUGUUGACCAACCUAUGCAAACUGUUAAACACAAUGGCGGAUAGGUCCACACUAGUUCACCGAUGAAAGAAAUUCAGUCGAGAACCGUUUGUUCUGCCACAACACCACAAUUCUUUUGAAAGCUUCUAUCGUGCGCGUAUAACCGACAAAACAGACUAAGUUCAAAUGACGCAAGUGUAAUAACAAAGAAUUCAAGUUUAAUAAGGAAACUUCUGCUUCAGACUGCUGAAAUGUCAUUCUUAAACUUGAGCAUGUCACCGUCUUUCAGUUUUCUUGAGUUCAACAACUGCAACGGAACCAAAGUGUUCCAACGGACUGCUACGACCGCCUAUAAAAAGUCUGAAGUCAUAAACUCGCUUUUUAACCUAAAACAAUGGAGAAUCAUGGUAAUAUUGGGUUUUGUUCGGAAACUCUUGUUCGCUUCAGUACUUCAACUUAACGCAACAUGUCGUGAACUGAACUUGCCUUCGUUCCGCAUUUUUUUUUAUAAACCCUUUUCUUCUACAAAAUCCCGACCGCUAUAAAGUCGGAUUCAGCGACCUACUGAUCGGCCGUUCAAAUAUAAACUUAAACACUCCUCAAGUAUUUACGUACAACCAUGUAUAUGUAUAGAUGCUAAUUUCUUUGCGAAUGUGAAUUGCAAAACAUUUCGCUUCCUUCUUGUUAUGUAUGACUGUGAAACCCGCUUGGUCCACUAUUGUUUGUGGUGCGGCGAAGUCGUGCGGGAAAGUUUGUCGACCAGGGCAAAAGUUGCUUGGGAUUAAGCUUUUGGAUUGUGGUGUUGACGGUUGAACUCAAUCAACGAAGGGCAGACGAUAAAAGCGAGAUUGCUCGUCUUCGUAAGUACACGCAUUUCAUAUCAAUUUUGCUAGUUGAAAUUUUAAUGGCCUUCGAUGUGGUACUGUUCGUGAAAGCGGGCGAAUUUACUUGUUCGAGGUAAACAAGAUGUCUUAGCUAGGCUCUCUUCGGUGGUUUCGCUUACAUGUUGCAGUUUCUGUCGGUUUCUUGGGUUUUUAAGCUGCGAAAUCAUGCGAUUCUUUGUGAGGUUCAGUGCUUAGUUUAUUCACUUGCUUUGUUUUCACAAGGGCGUUGUGCUAGUUAACUCUUAAAUCGUAGGAAAAGAUUCGUAACAGUAGCGUUUUCAUUCCAAAGUAACCAUGGCGGACAAACGUAUUGUUUUUCCCAGCCUAUCCAUCGAAAGUGCAACGGAAAAACGUCGUUUUUGGCAAGAUAAUUUGAACUUUGUAUUGCGUCGAGGCCUCAAGGCAGCGAACAACAGAAUUCAUUUAUAGGUUUCGUAUCGUUGGCAUUGUAAAAGGCUUAAACGAACUUCCUUUGUCCUCCAGGUCUCUUUUAUGGCUUCAUACAGAUUUUUCUUUCAUGACGGUAAACACUUUAAUUGAAAUUAUGAAUCUUUCUUUUCGUCGGAGUAAACAAACCUCCGCGAGUCAGGAAAAAUUUCUUGCGAAGGAGCAGUUCGCGCGCGAGGGGAAUUCGUCACGUGCGAAAGCAACCAAACAUCAUUACGCAGUUGCGCUGUUGUGGACAAUUUAAUUACAGGUGGUCUUAGAAAUAUUUCCGAUUCUUAGGUCGCCAAGGCUUUUCUUGUCGCCCGUAAGUGGCCUCAACUCGAUUUUCGGUUUUUACGAGAUAAUUGUGUUUUCCCCGAGCCUAAUUCGCAAUUCUUUGUUCACGAGGUUGCGGUGCUGAGCCGUUUCAGUCCGUGCUCAAAAAGCUUUAGUUUUGUGCCAUGCAUCGUGAGGUUCGCCGAGUGUUGUGACGUCAGGAUUCACUUAAAAUCUCUUGCGCUAUUUUGGCAUUCAUCAGGAAUAUCUGAGCAAACUAUUGGCUGGAACGUAGCGCUGGUCUCUUAAAAAAGAACCGCCGGUGAAAUAUAUAAACAUACAGGAAAGAGCCGAUCGGGCAAACAUCGGUGCAUGCGGUGAUGGCUAUCAUACAGGAAAUCUUAAAGCCCAUCCGCACUGCACAGCGUUGUCUGAAUAGCGUUUCACAAAGGGAGUUUUCCCAUUCUCAAGAGGGCGAGAUGAAGGGCGCGAUAGGGCCGAAUCGAUCGUGCGCGCACAGCCCACAAGAUCCAUUCCAAUCCCACGCUCGCUAAUGUUUGUUUUAGCAAUACUUCUCGCGCGCGAAAAAACUUAAAUUUUUCAUGAGCUGGUUGAACAAGGGGCCAUCUUUUUGUGGCGCGCAGAAAAGGAAAAGGCUCUCACUAUCAAGAUUUUGGGUUAGCUAUUUUGAUCAGUGCCCUGCCUUCCAGAACAGCUGGUGGUUAUAUUAGCUUUCUAGCCGCGCACUCGCUAAACGGCUCUUGUCUCGAUCGAAGCGAAAAAGCAUUUACGGUUAAUAAAUAAAACUAACCGCAAAGUGAGGCGCUGACAGCGCGGCCACGUUACGGAAGUGUUAAAAUUUUAAGCUGCGUGUUUCACAUAUGGCUAAACAUCUUCUUCACCUUUCCGAAGUCGACCUGAUUGUUAAACCUCUCGAAAUUAAGCUGUCAACAGCGGAAUAAAAAACAAAGGCUGAAAGAUCUUUGGCACUUUGGAUAUCAAUCUGUCGACGAAUUGAUGACACCCCUCAGGCUCUCCCGCCCUCCACAGUUCCAGUGGAACAAAAGGCUCUAAUAUUAGAACACACGCAGGCAUAUUUCAUUGUCCCAGCGUGAUUAUAUUUUGUAAACGCUUUCAGCUCAUUUGCAAUUGUGGUAAUGAGGUUUCGAGGCGAACAAAAGAGCGGAUUGAGGAGCGAUCCAAUGAAAAACAACGUCUUGAUAACAAUUAGCAUAUUCUUCACGCCGAAUUGUAGCUAUUGACGACCGUUUCGCUCGUGCUCACUGAGCCAAUGGCAAAGCGCGCGGUUAUGAAUCAUGAUUAAUUAAGUAAUAAUAGAAUGUCACUCACCACAGAGCUGUCCAAUGGGCUCCCAGGAAAUCAACAGAUCUUUGGACACGUUCAUGAGGCUGGCGGCAAAAAAGCCGAGUUUAGCUGAACGCAAGUUAAACCAAGCUCGUUACAAUGGAAGCGCAAACGAACCCAUACACAAAUCAGGUCGGGUCGGCCUCCACGCAGAGUGAAACUCGAGUCAUUCAAAAUCACCCGACCACCAUGGCUUACGUGCGAGAAAAUGAACACACUGUUGUAAAGUACGAGAAUCUUACUCCAGCCAGCGUAGCUUCGCUGAACGACCAACGAGUAGGAAAUAAUCACCUUGCUACUCACCAGUGGGUAGUGCAAGACCAUACAGGAGCUGUUGGUUGGCCAGCGAACACUGUGAGUUUACAAGAAGUUAAACCAAUCUUAAGAGAGGAUACCUCGCCGGUAAUAACAACGAUUGCCGGUGCAACACUCGUCCAUCAUCGACCUGGCGGUCACACAGUUAUGCCUUUAGACCAAGCACGUUGGCCCAGCGCUGCGUCGCAUGGGGCUCACUCGCCCGAUCACACUCGCAUCCACAUCAGCGGCGCGAUGCAAGCGGUGUCUGCGACUCAUCCAUCGUACGCCUCGAUAAACGGAGCUGUUCAGCUACAAGGAGCAUUCCCGCAGGCGCCGCAAACGAUUCGAGAAAAUCCGAACGGCCAAGACGCGACGCAUGUAGCUCACCCAGAGUUAGAAACACAAGACGACACUCCUACCUCAGACGACUUGGAACAGUUUGCCAAAGAGUUCAAACAGCGUAGAAUCAAGCUCGGCUUUACGCAAGCGGACGUAGGCCUUGCGCUGGGGACACUGUACGGGAACGUGUUUAGCCAAACCACCAUUUGCCGUUUCGAGGCUCUGCAACUGAGUUUUAAGAAUAUGUGUAAGCUCAAGCCCCUACUCGCCAAGUGGCUCGAGGAGGCUGAUAACAACAACGGUGCAGCAAGCGGCAUCGACAAGUUGGCGACUCAGGGACGGAAGCGUAAGAAGAGAACGUCGAUCGAGGUGGCUGUCAAGGGUGCAUUGGAGAACCACUUCUGUAAAAAUCCCAAACCGUCUGCGCAAGAAAUCGGCACGCUCGCAGAAAACCUAGGGCUCGAUAAAGAGGUCGUUCGAGUGUGGUUCUGUAACAGAAGGCAGAAAGAAAAGCGAAUGACUGCUUCAGUUACUGGAGGAGCCGACGACCAACAUGUUGGAUCGCCUCAUGUUUCAUCUCCUCACGUAUCGUCUCCACACGUCUCUUCUCCGCACAUUGUUGGCGGUCACAUCACAGGCCCGCAAUAAAACUUUGUAUGUAUUCUACAGUACUCCGAUGAAUAGUGGCCAAUGUAUUUUUCUAUCACGCGAAUGAACAAGGAACUAAACGUACGGACAGGCGUGUAAACUCGAUUUACUCUUAUGUCAUUUUCGUGCGCCUUCUCGGAACAGAAGCUGAAUGUGAAAUAGUCUAAUUUCAGCUCGCGUAAGCGCUCUAAAGAUUUCGAUUUUCAAGUCGACCGCCUCUCGUAGGAUAUGCAAAAAGGUAUUCUAAUGGUAUGGGCAUGAUUGUAUGUAAAUACUUACUUUGAAAGCUAGAAUAUUUUGCAUUAAGUUCAGAGGAAUUCCAGGGAAAAAGUAACCAGGACUUGUAGUUUCUUUUACCACGAAUGUUUCUGCUGUGUUUGACAUUGCUUUAGGGCCCAAGUUUUUGGGUUUUCUCCGAAAGAUCGUAUGUAAAUAUUAGAAGGACGCUCGUAAAUUGUCGACCCAUCAACAGGCUUAUAUGCUCGUAUUCUGGGCUGCGAAAUCAUUAUUUAGAGUUGUUUUCUUGCAAUGUGAAUCAUAUAUUUAUCAUACUUUUCUAUGUUAACCAUGCAUGCUUUCAAGCUAUCAUACUGUACCCUCAGAUAAGUUAUUAAAACGUUUUCAGUUUA